CUUAAGGGUUCAAGGCCAAAGCGGUGGUGGAUCAAGAAGUUGAGGAAAGAGAUGGAAGAAUAGGUUCAGUUCUCCAUUGAUGACCUAAAUUAUUCGAUCAUUACCUAUCAAGAUUGUUGCAAACUCUAAGCACCGAGAAACGAGGAAGUAAUAACGCAAUCAAAUUCGAGGUAUUGCUUUUUAUCCUAUUGAAAUAUUAUAGGCUGCUUAAUUGGCUUUGCAUAUCAUCUCAAAAUUUUUUUGCAGCAUGCAUUAGAAAUUCAAUUUUCAUUGUGUCGGAUUGAAGAAUAGUUAGGAAUCCCAAUAUUAAAUUGUCAUGCACACACAUAUUACUAAUGAAUACAUUCAAGAAGGAUGAAAAAUACUUCUUGUGAUUUUUAUUUUAUUUGCCUCAGUUUAGUUUUGUGAGCCAAGGAUCGGACUGAGUGCAUAUGGCGAGAACAUGCUCCCAGGAUGUGUUGUCGGACAUUCUUUGUAGAUUGCGCGUAAAAUCUUUGAAGAGAUUCCAAUGUGUCUGCAAAUCUUGGUAUGCUCUAAUUAGGCACCCAAGUUUUGUCACCAAACACCUCCACUUUCACAGCAGACAGAACAAGAAUACUCGUUUCCUUCCUGCUUUCUCACUCCCUGGAUCAACGUUACAGUUUUGAGUUGCCCAUUGAUCAACGAAAAGACACUUAUUUCAGCUUGGUCAAGUUAGACGAAACCACUGAUGGUAUUGUUUCUCUUGAUUGGCUUAAGUUUUCAGAUAAUUCAGACCAAGAAAACAAGUUUCCGAAUUAUUGGUAUGGAGAUGUAGAAAUUUCUGGUCCACGCAAUGGCAUAUAUUGCCUGCAUGAAUCAUCUGAAGAUCACGGCGAUGUAAUUGCACUGGUGAAUAUUUCGUUGAGAGAAUUCAAGCUAGUUCCAAAACCAGAACAAUCGAUUAUUUGGCAUACAGGUUUUUUUGCACUAGACUGGGUCGAAAUUGGUUUUGAUCCUAAAACCAAUGAUUACAAGGUGUUUUUUUUCAAGGAAUUAUGCAGUACUGAUACCCAUGCAGGAAAGUGAACGUCAGGCUGCAAUAUAUCAUUUAAGUUCUAAUUCAUGGAAAAAGCUAAGUGCUCCUUUGCUUGAGCAUGUUAUUCUAUAUUUUCGAGAUUAUUUUCGAGAUUGUAAUAUUACUGACACCUAUGUCAACGGAAAUGUUCACUGGUUGGGUUUUGAGGACUACCCUGGUCGCAGAGCAAUGUGUAUUCUUUCUUUUGACAUGGUUAGUGAAGUGUUUGCAAAGAUAAAGCUUCCAGACUGGGACGAAACUGAAUAUCUCCUUGCAGUGUUUAAUGAAUCUCUUUCUCUUAUUCUUUAUCCAAAGACGCCAGAUUAUCCCAUGUUUACAGGUUACAUUAAAUGUUUUGACAUAUGGGUUAUGAAUGACUAUGGUAACGACAGAUCUUGGACUAAGCUUUUCACAACUGGACCAGUUGCAUCUGCUUACAGACUACUAGGUUUUUGGCGAAAUGGCGACUUUCUUAUACAACAUGAUUUUGGAUACACCAUCUCUUACGACCCAGGUACCCAAGAGAUCGAGCAGCUUUGUUUUGGUGAAGGGCUUCAUUUGAACCAAUCUUGUAUCUACUCAGAGAGCCUAGUUUCAGUGACGGGGAUUGCACGAAAUGAUUUUGAAAUAGUAGUUGAAGACUUUCCCUUCGUCAUGACUCCAGACAUGAAGAGAGUCCUAGACUAUGUAGAUAAAUGUCCAUCUUGUUCCCGUUUAACUUCUGAUUGAUUUUUACU